UUUUUAUUUACAAAAAUGAGGGUAAGGUCAAUACGAAUAAAGUGCAUUUUUGUACAUUACAGGACUCGUUCAACAACGUGAAGCAAUGGCUGGAGGAGAUCGAUCGUUACGCGUGCGACAACGUGAACAAACUGCUUGUGGGCAACAAGUGCGAUCUCACCACCAAGAAGGUUGUCGACUACACCACCGCCAAUCAAUACGCGGAACAGCUGGGCAUACCGUUCCUGGAGACGUCCGCGAAGAACUCGACGAACGUUGAGCAAGCGUUCAUGACGAUGGCGGCGGAGAUCAAGACGCGCGUCGGGCCGCCCUCCACCGGCGCCGCGCCCGUCGGCGGGCAGGUCAAGAUCGACCAGGGACACCCCAUCGACACCGGCAAGUCCUCCUGCUGCUGAAUGUGCCGCCUCAGGCUGGCGGCAACACGCAAGGGAGGUGGGAGUCGCGGACGCCGGCCGCCACACCCGUUACAUAAACAAAAUGCAAUUACCACAAAACUUUCACGAUCGCAUCAUUGUAAUUAUAAAGUAAUUAAAUAUAUUAUAAUAUAGUAGCGUGAGCGUACAACGGCGUCGUCGCAUCGCGCGAGCUAACUUCUGUUCAGUUGCUAAUGUCCGGUAUCGUUUAGUAUAGCAAACGAACGUGCAGUGGAUGGGUGAAUGUUUAUAUAUAUUGAAUAUCGUAGGUUAAUUUUGUGCUGUUUCACGUAUAAGAGUUACGAUGCAUAUAACUGAAGGCGACACGGACGUGUGCGGUGGUGUGAAGUGAGGCGAUCACACUCGCGAGCCGCGAGCCGAGCUGAGAUCAGAACACUCGUCGCUGUCCAUACGCGUAGGCUAACUUACGUUUCUAUUCCAGCUUGUGUUAAAUUUUAAUUUUCUGAUCACUUGAGGUACUAAUACUUAUGCACUGGGUGUUUAUUCGUAUAUGUAUAUUUACAUUUAUCGCGAAGUACCGGGGUUGUGCUAUGUUGAUGAUUUUGUGUUCACAUCACAAAAUUUUAGAUAUAGCCCGUUGGCCUUAGAUUUAGACAGAUAGUUAACAUGUAGCGAACAUACAAAAAUAAAAGCGGGAACAUAGUAUUAUUUAAAAGACAUUUCAUAUAUCAGCGUCACGUUGUGAUAAUUUGAAAUCUUUAUGACAGACCGGCGAUUCGACUGUUCGCGGUUCGAUACGAUUUUAUUUCGUCCUAUUUUUCGUUUAAAGUAUUAAGGAAUUAGAUAUACUAUAUAGCAGACAAUUGAAUUGUCGGUCUGUGUGUGUACUAUAAAUUAUUUUAUUGUAUCUAUUUACUGGAGUAUGUUAUUUUUGUACUAUCAUGCCAGCGUUAAGUUCACUUGAAAUCAAUCCGCUAACCCCCUAAUUCUGUAUCGAGGGUUUCUUAGAAAUUAAAACAGUAUGCUAUAGAAA